GCUACGCCUCGGGGUGCUGCGGGAGCUCGGCGUUCCUCGGCGGGCCCCCCUGGCAGCACGCCUAGUCACCCGGGAGGGAGGCGUUGGACCUUGUGUGUUGCAUACUUAGAAGCUAUACCUUGCUCGAGAAGGCUUUAAACUAGCAUUAUCACACCUCGACCAUGAAUGGGUACUUGAACGAAUCCAAUUUCAUGAUGGUGGAGGAGGGCUUCACCACCAGAGACCUCCUGGAGAACCUCCUCGUGGAGCUGUGCCAGGCAGUAAGGAGCGACCAGCAAGCCUUCUUCGUGGCAGACCUUGGGGACGUUGUGAAGAAACACCUGCGUUUCCUGAAGGCCUUGCCCCGUGUGAAACCUUACUUCCCGGUUAAGUGCAACGGCAGUGAAGGAGUGAUUCGGCUGCUGGCUGAGCUGGGGGCAGGCUUUGCCUGUACCAACAAGGCAGAGAUUGCACGCGUUCAAAGCAUCGGAGUCCCGGCUGACAAGAUCUUCUACAGCAGCCCCUGCAAGCAGGUUGCCCACAUCAAAUACGCAGCCAGCCGCGGUGUGCAGCUGAUGACCUUCGACAACGAGAUGGAGCUGAGCAAGGUGGCCAGGAGCCACCCUCGUGCCAGGAUGUUGUUGGGUAUUGCUGCUGACUCCAGCCCCUCUGCCCAUCCGAGCAUGACGUUUGGGACCACGCUCAAGUCCUGCCGGCACCUGCUAGAGACAGCGAAGGAGCAGGCUGUAGAGGUUGUUGGCAUCAGCUUUCACCUUGGGAGCCGCGGUCUGGAGCCCCAGGCCUUUGCUCAGUCUGUGGCUGCGGCGCAGCUGGCCUUUGAGAUGGGCACAGAGCUGGGCUAUCGGAUGCACCUCCUGGACAUCGGAGGGGGAUUCCCUGGCACCGAGGACACCAGAGCCCGGUUUGAAGAGAUCGCUGCUGUGGUAAACUCUGCCUUGGACUUGUAUUUCCCAGACGGCUGUGGGGUGGAAAUCGUUGCGACACCCGGGCGAUACUACGUCACCUCCGCCUUCACCUUCGCUGCCAGCAUCACUGCCAGGGAAGAGGUUCCCGUGGAGCAGCCUGGCUCCGACGAGGAAGAGUGUGGCAGCAAGAAGAGCCUCGUGUAUCACCUCAGCGACGGCAUCUACGGCGCCUUCAGCUGCCUCCUGUUUGACGGCCCCUGUCCCAGACCUCAGCUGCACAAGAGACCCUGCCCAGACCACCCCUCGCACAGCAGCAGCCUCCGGGGCCCCCCAGGACACGCAGAGGACCGCAUUGCCGACGGCCUGGAGCUGCCCAAGCUGCAGGUCGGGGACUGGCUGAUUUUCAAGGACAUGGGUGCCUACACCAUCGCAACCUCGUCCCCGCUUGGGGGGUGUCCCCAGCCACAGAUCACCUACGCCAUGUCCCGCGUGGCCUGGAAAGCCGUCCAGCUCUUCCUGGGGAAGCCGCCGCAAACAGAAGACGACCGCGAGAGCGUCUGCGCCCCGCUAUCCUGCGGCUGGGAGAUGGCGGAGACGCUGUGCGUCACCCCGGUCUUCGCUCCGGCCGGCAUCAUCUGAGCAGCACCGGUACCGGGGCUGGGG